AUGCGGGGACAUCGGACAUGGGCACACUCCGGAGAUGUCCCAGAUGGGCCCGGGACGAGGGAUUAUCGCAGCCUCAGGGCCUCUGUGGAUCGGAGCAAGGAUUCCGUCGCCAAACUCACCUUUGAUGGCAUCGCCUAUGUCAUCUCCACACUGUCUCGGGGGAAGAAGCGGCAGGAGCGAGUGGUCCCAAAGUAUGCCAGGAGUUACGUGCCGUCGUCGACCGAGGAUGACUCCGUGUUUGCGGAGGACUCUCGCUAUCCUCCUCCUCCAGCAGCGUAUCGCACCGACGGCCUGCAGGAUGAAGUAUUCUUCGAUGUGACGCCGAAGGACGGCAGCGGGAUAGACGGCGCCGAAGGAGAUGCGACUGCGGCCGGUGAUCAGAUGAAGGAUCUCAAGAAACCUGAGCGUGUACCCUUCGUCAGCCCUCAGGUCGAAUUUCUGCAACCUAGGAGGUCUCCUGGCGGUUGGAGAAGAGGGAGUCGUUCUUGGCAAGGGGAUGUUGGGGCCAUGGGAGGGGAUGAAGUGGACUCAGGGGCAAAAGGGAUGGCACCGCCGGGGGGGAUUGCUCCCCGCAUCGGCACGGGGCGCAUCCACAGACGACUUCUGGACAACACCAAAGACAACUCCAAUCGAAGACAGUACGGCAUGGGGGUCAUCGGCCGAUUCUUCAAUCGUUCAUUCCGUCGUUCUGUACGAGACGAGCCACACGUGAAGGAGCAGCUGGACGACAUGGACGACUACAGGCCCUACUUCACCUACUGGGUGACCAUCGUCCAAUUCCUCAUCUGCAUCAUUUCUCUUGCCUGUUACAGGUUUGGACCUGUUGGAUUCGAACUCCAACAACAGUCCAGUCUGGCUGAUCUCAUACACCUUGGAGCCAAAUUUGCCCCUUGCAUGCGACGGGAUGCCCGCAUCUACGCUGAGAUAGAGAAAACUCGAGCGGAGGAAAGGGAAACUGCUUGCUGCAUUCGAAACGACAAGUCUGGCUGUGUUCAGGCCUCCAAGAGAGAAUGCUCAGGGACAUUGUCAACAUGGAAGAAGUGGGGUCCAUCUCAGUCUGGACCUGGUGGUCGGAUCUCUGGAUCUGUCUGUGGACAGGAUCCUAGUUACUGCAAGGAGCCAGCCUCAAUUGCCCCAUAUGAAUGGCCAGAUGAUAUCACACGCUGGCCAAUAUGCAAGCAUCCCUUGGACAUUGGUGUGAAUCUGUCUGGUCGGCAUGUGAAUCUCGGCUCUUCGGGGAAUGCAGCUGAACACAUGGUGUGCGAGGUCAUCGGACAUCCCUGUUGCAUUGGGAUCCAUGGGGAAUGCAGCAUAACCACCAGGGAGUAUUGUGAAUUUGUGCAUGGUUUCUUCCAUGAAAAGGCUGCCCUUUGCUCACAGGUCUCGUGUCUAGAUGAUGUCUGUGGUAUGAUUCCAUUCCAUAAUCCAGAGAUUCCGGAUCAGUUUUACAGACUCUGGACUUCUAUCUUCCUUCAUGCAGGGUUAAUACAUUUGGUGAUUACCUUGGUGAUUCAAUUCACCCUGAUGCGAGACCUGGAAAAGAUGGCCGGGCCUCUCCGCAUUGGGAUCAUAUACAUCAUGUCAGGUGUGGCUGGAAAUCUUGCCUCUUCUGUCUUUGUCCCCUAUCAAGCUGAGGUGGGUCCAGCUGGGUCCCAGUUUGGUUUGCUGGCAUGCCUGUUUGUGGAAGUGAUCAACGUUUGGCCGAUGCUGAAGCAACCAAGUUCGGCCCUCUUGCGUCUCCUUGUGGUCACCCUCAUCCUCUUCCUUCUGGGCCUCCUCCCCUGGGUCGAUAACUAUGCGCACGUGUUUGGCUUCAUCUUUGGCUUCCUCCUCUCCUAUGCUCUCCUGCCGUGCUCCAGGGAAACGCUCAUUGAAAUGGUUGAGAAACACAGUUUUGGUGUCGAACCGAUAUCUUGCCAUGCAUGGAACAGGGAUUAUACGCAGAUAGCGCUGUCACCUAAUAACAACGAAGUCCACGUCUAUCAGAAACUGAAAAACUCGGAGUGGAAACUAUUGGAUGUCCUGACAGGACAUGACCUCCUUAUUACAAGUAUCGACUGGGCACCAAAAUCAGACCGGAUUGUGACCUGUUCUGCUGAUCGCAAUGCAUACGUAUGGACCAAAGGGAGUGAUGGAAAGUGGAAACAUACUUUGGUGCUCUUAAGAAUCAAUCGAGCUGCUACCUGUGUCAAAUGGUCCCCUGAAGAGAACAAAUUUGCUGUGGGCUCUGGUGCAAGGCUGAUCUCCAUUUGCUAUUUUGAGAAGGAGAAUGACUGGUGGGUGUCCAGGCACAUCAAGAAGCCAAUUCGUUCAACUGUGACUUCCAUUGCAUGGCAUCCAAAUAAUGUCCUGAUUGCUGCUGGCUCAACUGACUACAAGACAAGAGUGUUUUCUGCCUACAUCAAAGAGGUUGAAGAAAAGCCUUCACCAACACCCUGGGGGCCAAAAAUGCCCUUGGGGCAACUAAUGGCUGAAUUUACUAAUUCUCCUCUUGGAGGUGGUUGGGUCCAUAGUGUGAGUUUCUCACCAAGUGGAAACAAACUCUGCUGGGUUGGACAUGACUCAUCAGUAAGUGUUGCAGAUGCAGCAAAAGUUGAUGAAGCUGCUCACACCCGAACUGAUCAACUGCCGUUCCUCUCGUGUGACUGGAUCAAUGAAAAAUCUAUUAUUGUAGCUGGCCAUGGAUGCUGUCCGAUGUUGUAUACUGUGGGUGAUCAGAACAAACUGACUUUGGUUUCCAAAUUGGAUGUCACUGCCAAGAAGGAAGCAGCUGGAAUCACGGCCAUGCGAAAAUUUCAAAGCUUGGACAGGCAAGCUCGUACAGAAAGCAGUGACACAUCUUUACCCACAGUGCAUCAAAAUUCAAUCACACAACUGGUGCUCAUGGAACAAGGGAAGAAGGUCUCAACAACUGGAAUUGAUGGCCAGCUUGUCAUUUGGGAUUUUAAGUCCCUGGAGUCAGCUGUUGCAGGGCUUCGCAUCUUGUGAUGCUUUCGUUUAAAAUUUUUGUCAAGUCUCAUAAUCCCAUGUUGUGAUUCUAAUUGUUACUUCCCAAUGACUUUUGUUCCUUGAUUAUGCCUGUUUCAUAUGGUAUUAUUGAGGUGAGAUUUUCUAUGAAUGCUUCAUUGAUUGCCC